CCGGUGGGGGUGCUGGACCGAGGCGCGCGUUCCUUUGAGCCGAGGUUUGGUGCCUCCCCGUCGGCGGUUUAGUCUUGCGAGCCCGGGAGAGGCGCGAGGUGUUUAAGUAAAACAUAAUACUAACUCUUGAUUUUGAAGAUUUGAAAAUGGAAACAUUUCAUUUCCGGAUAAUCUUGGCACUUUUUGUAACUGGAUCUGUCAUCAGUGAAAGUUCUGAAAGAGACUUUUCCAGCCUGAAUGACUCUGGAAUCUCUGUCAUUGGAAUAGAACAUAAAUUAAUUACUCCUUCCAGUCAACCCAGCAGAAAUGACAGUGCUUGUCCACACAGUCCUAGAAUUGGUGAUACUUUUAAAUACAUCAAUACAGUAAUUUCUUGUGCAGUGUUCAUCAUUGGGCUUGUUGGGAAUGCAACUCUUCUGCGGAUAAUCUACCAGAACAAAUGCAUGAGGAAUGGACCCAAUGCACUGAUAGCUAGCCUGGCCUUGGGAGAUCUCAUCUACAUCAUCAUAGAUAUUCCUAUCCAUGUAUAUAAGCUUCAUGUUCCAUGGCCCUUUGGGAUGACACCUUUUGAGCAAUUCCUUUGCCGUUGUGUUCCUUUUAUUCAGAAGGCAUCUGUGGGAAUCACUGUUCUUAAUCUAUGUGCUCUAAGUGUAGACAGGUACCGAGCAGUUGCUUCCUGGAGUCGAGUUCAGGGAAUUGGUGUCCCCUUGACUACAGCUAUUGAAAUUUUUAGUAUUUGGAUUCUUUCUUUCAUCCUGGCUAUUCCAGAAGCAAUUGGUUUCACCACUGUUGAAUUUUUUUAUGGUGAAAAACGUCUCAUAUCCUGUAUGCUAUUAGCAAAGAACAGCUUCUUGAAAUUUUAUGCAAAAGCAAAAGACUGGUGGCUCUUUGGUUUCUAUUUCUGCAUGCCACUUGCUUGCACGGCAUUCUUUUAUACCCUGAUGACCUGUGAAAUGUUAAACAGGAGGAAGAGUAGUUUGAGAAUUGCUCUUAGUGAACAUCUUAAGCAGCGCCGAGAAGUUGCUAAAACCGUUUUCUGCUUAGUUGUGAUUUUUGCUCUUUGCUGGUUUCCUCUGCAUCUGAGCCGGAUACUGAGGUCAAUGCUGUAUUACGAACAUGACCCCAAUAGAUGUGAAUUACUCAGCUUUUUGUUGACUUUGGAUUAUAUCAGCCUUAAUCUAGCAACCAUAAAUUCUUGCAUAAAUCCCAUAGCACUCUAUUUUGUGAGCAAGAAGUUCAAAAACUGUUUCCAGUCAUGCCUCUGCUGUAUUUGUCAUCGGACAGGAGGUCAGAUAUCAUCUGUUCCUAUGAAUGGAACAAGCAUUCAGUGGAAAACUAAUGAACUGAACAACCACAACACAGAACGGAGCAUCCACAAGGACAGCUUAAACUGAGAUUUGGCAAAAACUGUGCUUCAGAAUUUAAGGAAAAGACAACAUAAAUGAUAUCUAGGAUUCAACAGACUUAUUUAUUUGGAAGCUCUGUGCUCUAGCACUUAAUUCCAAAGAUGACCAAAAAGAACAGAUGUGCAUAAAUGAAUUCCUAAAUGGAUUCCAAAUGGUGCCAUGGAAGGUUCUUUUUCUUAUAAAGAUUUUCGCCUCUUGGCCAAAGCAAGAAGAAUCAACCCAAUACCCUACAGAGUGUUCACAGAUUUCAGCCAGAACUUCUAGCUGUAUGUUAUGUUGCAUAUUCUGUUGUAUCAUUUUAAUUUUAUAAUCAUAUGGAAUUUCCAUUUCCAAGAAUUGCAAAAAAGUGGGACCUGCAGCUACUCUAUAAUGACACCAUUCUUUUGUCAGGAAAUAGUUUAGUUAGUCUAUUUCAUGUUUAGAAGCAUGUUCAACAGAAAACAUUUUUAUCACUAUAAUAUAUAUGUUAGAUUAGAUCUAAGCAGCAUUUUAUGUGUUGUAAUGUAAGAAAUGAGACAUAACUUGGACAAUUAUCUUUUGUGGUGUUUUGCCAAUCACUGGUUUAUGGGUACAGUUAUAAUAUUAGGACUUAACAUUUAGGACAUAAAAUUAUGUGCAAAAGGUACAGCAGUGCAUUAGCAGACACAUUUUAAAUGAAUCAUAUGCAGUUACAGUAUCACCAAAAUACAUGUUCUCUGUGAAUAUACCUUUCAAGAGCUAUUCAUAUUUCUCCUUGGCAAAUGAUUCCACUGUUGAACUGUGCUUACUUUUUGUAACAUUCACCUGGAGUCUGUCUUCCUACAACUUAAGGCCAUUUGCCAUAUCCAGCAUUCAAUUGUGUGAUGCCCCUUCAGGUAUUUAAAAAAUGCUUUUAAAUCUCCCCUCAGACUUUUCAAGGCCAGACAUACCCACUCCCUCCCAUUUCUUCUCAAAAGACCUAAGUUUACUUGUUAUCCUCCUCUGCAUCUUUUUCAGUUUCUCUGAUUUUUUUUAUCCUAAAAUGUGGUGCUCAGAACUGGACACAGUACUUGAGGCUGGGACUAAUUUUUUACAUUUGCAAAUUUAAAUGGGAGUGUAUCAACAUGAAAACAAAUUACAUAUGAUCUUGUUACCAAAAAAUUGUGGAAAAUGGCAAUGUGUGUAAAAACACUUUUAAGUUUUAAGUUCUAUUUCAUAAAAAUGCUACAUUUGCAAUUGUUAGUGAUAUACCUUAGACUGAUAAUUCUGGCAUUCUGAUAAUCCUAAAACAUAAACCUCUAUUUAUGGUGGGCAGAACCAAGAAGUGAACCAUUGUCUCUCUUUUUGGCACCCCUUUUUCCUCUUUUGCUUGGACAUUCCCCCCGCCCCCCUCAUUUCUCUUUCUUUUGAUACCACAAUAUGCUGCCAAGGAAUGGAGAGAUCCAUUGUCCAGAGUUCUGACUUAGUCUCUUUCAAAGGUCUGCUGAAAUUAGUCUGAGAACUUCAUAUGGCCUGAAUAUCAGCCAAACAUUCUUUGUAGUUCAUUUUGGAGAAAAAGAAUUUUACAGAAGGACUUCUACAAUAAAUCACAUAGCACUUACGUGCACUUUUAGAAAUCAUUCUCUAACAGAACGUCACAAAUAAUUGCUGCCUGGGUAAAUGAGUAUAAAAAAACUCUCAGGAGUCUAACUGAAUUUCUCAUAGGAGUGCAUUGAACAGGAUGUUCUAUUUUAGUUAAAUUAGUCAGGGUGAAGACUAUAGGGAUGAACAAAUAUGUUGGUUUUGACUUUAUUCUGUUUCUAGCUUUCCUAGUCUUAAUUUUUUUUCAUCCUAUUUCACAUCAGAUUGAUAAUUUUGUUUUUUAAAAGUUUGGAUGAAAAUUCAUUUAUAAAUUUAUGAACAUCUCUCACAACAGACUUAUUAUAUAUAAUUUGUGGGUGCCUAGAGAAAGCUGGACUGUUUGAAUGAAUAGCAAAGAGGUGCUCUGUGUUCACACAGGGUCCAGAACACUUCUGAAUAAUUUUUCAAAGCUCUUCAUAGAAAUAAUUAAUAUUUGGACUGAGCCGAGACAAAUCCCAGUGAAUUCAAAUUUUGUUACCUGUUAUGAAUGGGUAGCUCAGCAAAUGACAGCACCCAGCUUGGCUGCUCUUGGCUGCUCUUGAAAUCUUAAGCAGGUCCAUUCUGGUUAGUUGGAUGGAGAUCGAUAGGAAAUACCACGACUGUAGGCUAGAUGGGGUAGUUAAGAAAACACUCUGGAAGAAGUUAAUAACAAACCAUUUCUCUACUGCUGUCAAAGAAGGCUGUAUGGGCC